UUUGGAUCGCGCCCCUUCACCAUGGAGGAAGCCGUGUCGCUGCUGGAGGAGCAGCCGUACGUGGCGUUGCGCAGCACCAGCCCCGAGCGUGGUCCGAGCGCGGCCCACCGCCGCCGAAGCACCAUGGGCCUCGGCCGCCGGCCGUCGCUUAUCCGAACGCCGUUCCUGCCCGUCGACGAAGCCGACGAGCUCUUGCUCCGCGCCAACGAAGCGCCCGACUGCCGUGCGCCGACCGUCGCCGAAACGGUUCAGCUCAUGAAGGCCCAUCAGUACCGCCUUCAGCAGUUUGCCAAGCUCCAGGGCAUCACGGGCAUGAGCGCGAUGACGCUCUGCUUCACGCCCGAGUACGAAGCGGGCUACCGCGAUUACAUCCAGCGAGGCGCCGUGCGACGCACGCGCAUCUGCUUCCUCCUUGGCUUCAUCGGGAUCGCGCUCUACUUUACGUGGGAAGCGACCCGGAUUGUCUUCUCACCUGCCGCGUAUGCCAUUGCAUUUGGCCCUGGGCUCGUACCCUUUGGGAUCGGUUUUGCCUCCACGUUCGUUCCGACCAUGCGCCCGCACAUGGAAGCCCUCUUCCUCACGGUGUUUGCCAUCGAAGCCGGCGCACUCAUCAUCUUCAAGCCCAUCGUUGGUCAAGCUGGCCCCGUCCUUCCGCUCCUCCUCUUGCUCAUACCCGUCUUUGGCGUCACGCGCGUGCGGUUCAUCUACAGCUGCGCGCUCGGCUGGUCCAUCUUUGCCGCUUACAUUGGCGUGCAGCUUCUUGCGCGCUCGAUUUGGCACGUUGGGUCCGACAAGCCGUCAAGUAUUUUCUACCAAGGGCUCAACUACGGCAUGAUGGUGCUGGGCGGAAUGGUGUCGCACUACCGCCAGGAAUUAUUGCGUCGGCGCAACUACGCUCUGCUCCUCCCGUUUGGGUCGAGUCCCGACUGCUCGGACGCACUGCACAAACCGAAAUUUUCAAAAAAAGCGCUCUUACACCAAGGCUCGCUGGCGUUCAAGCACGACCGCGUCGAGGCCACGUUCUUGCGCCAUUGGUACCUCAUUGAUCCGUUCCCGUUCGAGAACCCAAACGCUGCCGUGCUCCACGAAGGCGCGUUCAAAGUCGUCCGCUUCUCGAUCGCAACUGCAAUUAUGAACCAAACGUUCCUGGCCAUCCAGGAUUACCGUCUCUUGGGCGCGUCGCCGUCGAUUCAAUCGCUGGGCUACAUGCUUCGCUUCGGAGUCGUCGACUUCGCGUACCUCGCGUCGGCUGCCUUUAUGUUUGUCGUUGGCAAGCUCUACGUCCGGCAGUGGCGCGCCGUUGACGACGGAAAGGCGCCGCGCCUCGCCGACACGCAGCUCAACGACGUGCAGGCGAGCCAGACCUUUGCGGCAGUGGUCGUGUUGGUACAUACCACUAGUAUGGCGACGCUGCUCUGCGCCGUCGUCUCGUCGUCGUCGUCCGCACUGGCCGACGUGUACCUCAUGGGGUUCAUCAACGCCGUGCUCUUUAGCCACCGAUCUGGGUUCCGCGUCCGGCACAAGUAUGCCGUGUGCGUCACGACAGUCGUGGGGCUUGUCGCCACCAUCGUCUUGAGCCAGAUGCUCGUGCACUGGCUCGCGCUGCGCUACGCGUGCUACAUCAUCACCGUCCUCUUCCUCGGCGCCAUGAUCUCGCGUGAAGAAGAGAGCUUGCGCCGGAGCUUCUUCAUCCUCAAGUCGAUUCGGUCGCUCGAGUUUGAAGAGUGGUUUCAAACCAUCUGCAACAUUCAAGACUGGGUCCGCGCGCGGCUCUUGCAAAAAACCGCCCAAGCGCGUCGCAGUCUGCCGCACGUCAAGAGGCCGCUCGUACCUCCCGCCGUCGACACGAGCUCGCACCUCUCGCAAGCGUCAAAAUGGGGCAUGUACGGCGAGUGCGUGCACGUGGCCCUUGUCGCCCUCGACCUCGUUCUGCGCAUCUACCAAUAACGCUACGUCCCACCCCCUCGGCCAAGUGUCGUUCUCUUCCUCUAGUAUCAAGUACACGCAACGACUCGUUUAUGUUUGGACAA